AUGGGAGGGCCGGGACUGGCAAUGUGUGAGGAUGUUGGAUGUGAACUCUCUGAGGAUUUAUCCCAAUGCGAUCACAUCCUGGGCAUCAAAAAGCCAAAGGUGGGGAUCAUUCUUCCUGAUAUAGCCUAUGCCUUUUUUCUCUCACACUCACAAGGCUCAGAAGGAAACCAUGCUACUCUUGGACAAGGUCUAGUCUUGGUACUUAAGUCUUGGAUAUUCGACACCGUUCCUCCUAUUGGGUGCAUCUUAUAUGUAUCUGUCCUUGGAUGCUGCCAAGGCUGCAGUGAUUUCCGUGGGGAAGAGAUAGUGACUCUGGGACUGCCAUCAGGAAUCUGCCUCUGGUUUUUGUCUUCACCGGUUCAGGAAACGGGAAGCAUCCACAUGGAAGAAUCGUCGAGCAAAAACACUAAUUAUUCAGAAGAUGAAGAAAAUGAAGAACUUUUAUUAAGAGUGUGGAUAGAGUCCAAGAAGCUAUGGCGCAUAGUAGGUCCUAAUAUCAUCAACCGCUUGGCUGGCUACUCCAUGACCGUCAUUACCCAAGCCUUUGCUGGCCACCUUGGCAACGUUGAACUUGCUUCCAUUUCCAUUGCCACCAAUAUCAUUGUUGGCUUCGGUUUUGCUCUCUUGUUAGGAAUGGCAAGCGCCCUAGAGACGCUAUGUGGGCAGGCCUUUGGAGCUAAAAGGUACCACAUGUUGGGGACGUACAUGCAAAGGUCAUGGAUUGUGCUGUUCUGCUGCUGCAUUCUCCUAUUGCCUGUGUACAUAUUCGCCUCCCCGAUUCUAAAACUAAUGGGACAGUCCGAUGAUGUGGCAGAGCAGUCCGGCGUGGUGGCUCUGUGGCUUAUACCCUUGCAAUUCAGCUAUGCGUUUCAGUUCCCAUUGCAGAGGUUCUUGCAGAGCCAGCUCAAGAACUUAGUGACAUUGUGGUUUUCAUUGGCGGUUUUGGUGCUUCAUGCAGUGACGAGUUGGGUUUUGGUGUAUGAAUUGGAUUUUGGGGUUGCGGGUGUGGCCAUGGCUCUGGAUAUUUCAUGGUGGGUUUGGGGGAUCGGCCUAUUUUGGUAUGUUUCGUCUGGUAGAUGUCCGCAGAGUUGGGCUGGUUUCUCCAUGCAGGCCUUUUCUGGGCUUUGGGAAUUUGUCAAAUUUUCUGCUGCUUCUGGGGUCAUGCGCUGUUUGGAAUUCUGGAGCUAUAGAAUCCUAAUUAUAAUGACUGGAUCCUUAGAGAAAGCAACUCUUGCUGUGGAUGCCUUGACAAUUUGCAUGACUAUAAGUGGGUGGGAGCUCAUGAUUCAUUGGGCCUUCUUGGUUGGAACAGGAGUAAGAGUGGCAAAUGAGUUGGGGGCUGGAAACUGGAAGGCAACUAAAUUUGCAGCCAAGGUUUCUAUGGCAGAAUCUGUCUUCAUCGGUUUAUGCAUAUGUGUAAUUACUAUCAUACUCCAUGACAAGUUUGCAUACAUAUUCACAUCCAGCACUGAUCUCAUCCGAGAAGUUGGUCAGAUGUCGUAUCUCUUGGCAAUGGCAAUUCUACUUAACAGUAUUCAACCAGUCCUGACAGGAAUAGUUGUGGGCACAGGAUUGCAAGCAUGGGUUGCAUACAUUAAUCUUUUUUGCUACUAUAUCAUUGGGCUCCCACUUGCGCUUGUAAUGGGAUGGAUCCGCCACUUGGGUGUUUCGGGUAUAUGGGGUGGGAUGAUCUUUGGUGGAACUGCUGUGCAAACGGUGAUUUUGGGCAUCGUGCUAAUACGACAUGAUUGGGAAAAGGAGGCUCAGAAGGCUAGCCAGCGUGCAAAGAAGUGGAUAACGCCUAACCCUGACAAUCAAAUAGAGGAACAUAAAUAG